AUGGACUACCUUAAUGAACUCAUUGCUCUCUCCUGGUGGCUGGAGAGAAAUUACAGAGUGUACACUAAUAUCCAUCAGCUCACUGCUUGCCUCUGUGGAGUAGAAAGGCUUCAGUUUGCUAGAGAAAGAAGUGAUAAGAGGAGGGAUCAGUGGGGAGCUGAGACCCUCCUCUGCCCAGUCUGGGAGGUGGUGGGAGGAGGCAUGUCACAGAAUGAAGGAGGGGCCAGCUUCUCUGUUUGGGGCUUCAGGCAUCUGUCCCUUCCCAAGGGCCCCGGCUCCACCCACCAGGGCUCCAGUCCACUGUCUGUCUGUGACGGAAGGGGAGACGCAGGCGUCCACAGCCACCUCUCCUAUCACUGUCUGCUCUGA